AUGAGAGUGAACGAGAGCGAGCUGAACAGCUCCGUCCUCCCGCGGGACCCGCCGGCCGAGGGCGCCCCGCGCCGCCAGCCCUGGGUGACCUCCGCUUUGGCCGCCAUCCUCAUCUUCACCAUCGCGGUGGACCUGCUGGGCAACCUCUUGGUCAUCCUCUCCGUCUACCGCAACAAGAAGCUGCGGAACGCGGGAAAUGUGUUUGUUGUAAGCCUGGCAGUUGCAGACUUGAUAGUAGCUAUCUACCCUUAUCCACUGGUCCUCACAUCUGUGUUUCACAACGGAUGGAAACUGGGAUACCUACACUGCCAGAUUAGUGGCUUCUUGAUGGGCCUAAGUGUCAUUGGAUCAAUCUUCAAUAUUACAGGCAUCGCUAUCAAUCGGUACUGCUAUAUCUGCCACAGUCUCAAGUACGACAAGCUGUACAGCGACAAGAAUUCUUUGUGCUAUGUUGUUCUUAUAUGGGUCCUAACAUUCGUUGCUAUCGUGCCCAACCUGUUUGUGGGAUCGCUACAGUAUGACCCCAGGAUUUACUCGUGUACAUUUGCACAGUCUGUAAGCUCAGCAUAUACUAUAGCAGUUGUGUUUUUCCACUUCCUGCUUCCCAUAGCCAUAGUUACUUUCUGUUACUUGCGAAUAUGGAUCCUCGUUAUUCAGGUAAGGCGAAGGGUUAAACCAGAUAACAAACCUAGGCUGAAACCACAUGACUUCAGAAACUUUGUAACUAUGUUUGUGGUAUUUGUGCUGUUUGCAGUCUGCUGGGCUCCUUUGAACUUCAUAGGCCUAGCAGUGGCUGUCAGCCCAAAAACUGUAAUCCCUAGGAUUCCAGAGUGGUUGUUUGUGUCUAGUUAUUACAUGGCAUAUUUCAACAGCUGCCUUAAUGCUAUAGUAUAUGGACUCCUGAACCAGAACUUCAGAAGAGAAUACAAGAGAAUUAUUGUCACUUUUUGUACAGCAAAAGUUUUUUUCCAGGAUAGCUCUAAUGAAGCAGGAGACAGAAUGAGAAGCAAACCUUCUCCACUGAUUACAAACAACAAUCAAGUGAAGGUGGACUCUGUCUGA